UUCAUUGUUUACUUUUUGCCGUACGCGAAAUUGAAUCGCACAUUUUAUCGGGUCAUCCAAAACGGUCAAAAAACACUGAUUUCGUUCAUAAUUUUUCGGUAACUGCACAACAGAUAACAUCAUGGUUCGACGAUACAUCAGAAAAACAACCUCCAAGUACUCGAAGGAAGCACUGGACAUUGCAGCGAACGCAGUACGGAACAAACGGAUGACUCUAUCGGACGCUUCGCGGUUUUACGGUGUAGCCAAGCCAACUUUGUACCGACGCGUUAACGGUUUGAGCGGUGUCAAAAGCUGCUCGCGAGGAAGAUCUAUUGCCAUUCCCUUCGAUGUGGAAUCACGAAUGGCAUCUAAUAUCAAGGUCAUGGAGAAGUGGGGCUAUGGACUGAGUAAAAAGGAGAUUAUCUCUUCCAUGGGACAAUAUUUGAAGGAAAACUCGAUCAAGACGCCGUUCAAGGAUAACAUCCCCGGAGACGAUUAUUUCUUGAACUUCAAACGGCGACACCAUCUCUCUCAAAAGAAACCACAAGCCGUUGAAGUUGCCAGAAAACGAGCUGCAGAUCCCUUCAUAAUUUCCCGCUACUUUGAGCUGCUCCACGAUGUUAUCCGCUGCGUUCCACCGGAGAGAAUCUACAAUAUCGACGAAACAAGCCCCACUAUGUGGGGCAAGUUGAAACACUGAACAGUAAUCGUGGAUUGUUCCAAAAGUAUUAUUUUUCAAAACAAUUCAAAUAAUUCUUGAUUUUUUAUUGAUAAGCCUUGGUUUGGGGUGAUGAAUGCCACUGGCAUGCAUUUAUUGCAUGAUCUCAUAUUUUUAAUAGAACGUCUCAAAGUUCAACUUUUCAAAAACCGUUUCAACUUGCCCCGGUGUACCUUAUUGAAAUAAUUUUGUUACAAAAAAUACAACAAAGAUUGCAAUAAACGUCUUACGAAAUUAUGUUAGGGGCAAUUAUAUUA